CGCGCUUUGGCGCGACCGGGCGGCGCCCCGACCGGAGACCCGUUUAUUAAAUUUCCGCGGGCGACGAACGGACGGAUCGAUGGAUCGAUUCCGGACCGAGCCGCCGAGCCGCGGUAAUUACUCGAUACCCGACGGAAAGGGAUGGCGGCCAUAGGCCUAGAGGCGGCGUCUUCGAAGCCGGAAAUUGCUGCCGACGGACGGAGACUCGAAUAAAUAAAUAAUCCCGGACCCGUCCGGAAUAGCGGUUGUCGGCCGACGGGAAAGAAAAAAGACUGGGUCCAGACGAAUAAAAGCCAACGGAAAAUAACCGCGCGGGGGCGCCAGGAGCGUAAACGGCCGGCCGAGGCGGCAGUCAUGUCGGAGAGAGCGGCCGGGCUGUUGGAUCUGUUCUCCUUCGUCGACAACGUCACGCUGGGCGUGGCCAAGUACCUGGAACAUCUGCCGACGGUCCAGGCGGUGACGGUGAUGGAAAAAGAACCGGUGGACGCCUCCGCCCUGGCCUCCUGGGAACAGCGUCACAACUGCUGUCUUCCCGACGACGCCAAAAGCUUCUACUCGGCCACCGACGGGCUCCAGUUAAAAUGGAACGUCAAAACCAAAGACGAGUCGAUGCCGGGAGGGGCGCUGGAAAUCAACUCUCUGGCCAAACUCAGGCGAAUCACCCCCAAGCAGAACUGCCUCCACUCCGAACUGCCCACUUUGGUGGAUCUGGAGAGCGACUCCGACGCCGACGACAAAGAAUGCGACGGUGGAAUUCCUUCCAAACCCAAAUUCAAGAACAAGUGUAAGGCCUUUCUACUGGACCCCUGUCAAGGAAGCGGCAAAGUCUGCCUGGUUUAUCCCGGAAAAGUCGCAGAAAACGCCGCCACCCCUUCCGUCUGGUUCCUAGACCGGGCCUUGGAAUGGCAUUAUCUGUCUCCGGACUUCUCCUCCUACCUGCGGCUGGCUCUGGUGCAUUUGGGAAUCCCUCACUGGCAGUACGUCUUCACUCCGUGGGGACCUCCGCCCAAAACUAAGCAAAUUCUGUCGGCUUUCGUAUCGGAGAGACUGGCCAUGGACCAAAUGGCGCAUUCCACCAUAGGAGGGGUCAAGUUACCCCCGGUCUGAAUUGCGACGUCCGGAAGAAACGUAAAACCGCAACGAAAGAAUCGACGGUUUCGCAAUAAUAAAGCCAGUGUUAUUUUAGCAAAAGUGUGUUUUAUUUACGGCGGCGGGUCUUAGAUUUCGACCGCGAAGAAGCCAAAUCCGAGUUACUUCAAUUUCAGUUUAUAUUAUCGACGUUGGACUAAGUCACGGGUUUCCGGCGGAAAUGGCCCGAACCGCCCCGUAUUCGACGUUACGUUCGGCGAGUACGAGUUUUUAUUGGCAGCGUUACUUAAUACGCCGAGAUUGCAGUUAGCGGGUUUUUAAAAACUUUUAUAUUAUAAGCGUUGGAAUGGCGCCACAGUUACAAAUAAAUAUAUUAGCGCCGGUUCGGACCAAGGCUGGGUCUACGGACCGGAGGUUUAAGAAGACGGAGUUUAAAGAAACGCGCGAGUUUAAUAGUUUUUGCCGUAGGGAGUGGGGCGAUAGGAUAGAAUCGAAGGGGUACGAAAGGAACGUAAGUCGUGGUUUAACUUAGUUUUUUCCGUUUCCGUUAAAAAUAGACGGGCCCCGCGCGGUGGAAAACUAAUUUUACGCUACUCGAACACGGUCCGAGACCGGAACGAAGAUUACGGCCGGUUUAAUUUUCGGGCCGAGCGACGUUGGUAUUUUAAGCGUCCGAAUGUCCGGACCGUCGGGGUGGGCGUUAAGGUAAAAGGUAGAAGAAAGGAAAAUUUCGCCCGUUUUUCCCACACACGUCGAAUAAAAAACGAGGGUAAAUAACUGGUAACUACGGGUAGUAGGUGUUUUUAAUUAAGCGGAGUUCGGACGUGGUCAGUUUUUAUAUACGACGGAGAAGGCGCCGCCGAUAUAUCGCUCUUAAAUAAUUACGGCCUUUGGCGUAAUCCGAAAUACGUUAAUUACCGUCCGGGGAUCCGCGCCCCCGAUGGUACCGGUCUUUUCGGCCACGUUCGAUUUAAUUCGGUAAACGUUAACUACGUUACUUUCGUCAAAAUUUUAUUAGUUAUUGUAAGUUGGCCGACUUCCGGGGGGAAUCGUUAAUCCCGCGUCAGAAUGAUCUAGGGUCGAACGCGUGUGGGUGUGGUGGAGGAGACACG